UAAGAGUCAUACAGAGGAGCUUUGGAAGCUGCAUACGGUCCACACAGGUCACAGGGACGACGAGUCGCGUGUAUCGUGACGCGAGUUUUGUCCACAGUGAUCUUACGAAUCUCUACGUAACAGCGGAGGAGAACGCGAGAUUCAAAGAACUAUGUUAGAACUCCUCAAUCAGCUUGAUGGUUUCGAUAGCAGAGGAGAUGUUAAGGUUGUAAUGGCUACAAAUAGAAUCGAAACGCUAAAUCCAGCAUUAAUCAGACCAGGUCGUAUUGAUAGAAAAAUAGAAUUCCCAUUACCCGAUGAGAAAACAAAACGAAGAAUUUUCAGUAUCCAUACCAGCAGGAUGACUUUAGCACCUGAUGUGAAUUUAGCAGAAUUGAUUAUGGCUAAAGAUGAUCUUUCAGGUGCAGAUAUAAAGGCUAUAUGUACUGAGGCUGGUUGAAUGGCAUUACGUGAACGCCGU